GCGAAGACUUGGCAGAAUGCCAUGGUGUCUUGUAGGAAAGAAGAAGGGGACCUCGCAAGCUUGCACAAUGUUGAGGAAUCCAGCUUUGCUAAUUCAAACUUUGAGUUUGAAGGAGCAGGGCAUGUUUGGCUCGGAUUGAACGAUUUAAAGACACAAAUGUAUUUUGAGUGGAGCGAUGGCACAGCAGUGACCUAUACAGCAUGGAAGAGAGGAGAGCCUUCACACAUCGACAACAGAAGAGAGGACUGUGUCGCUUUAAACACAACGGUUGGUCAUUGGACAGACCAGGCAUGCGAG